AUGAAGAGAAAAGAAGAAAAGGAGGAACUAGAGAGAAAAAAGAGACAAAGAGAGAGGGAAGAAGAGCCACAGACCACAGCAAGGACCAAAGCACAGCAGGAGAACCAGGAGGCACAGAAAAACAACAGUACCACACAGCAGAAGCAGGAGGCACAGAAAAACAACAGUACCACACAGCAGAAGCAGGAGGCACAGAAAAACAACAGUACCACACAACAGAAGCAGGAGGCACAGAAAAACAACAGUACCACACAGCAGAAGCAGGAGGCACAGAAAAAUAGCAGCAUUGCACAACAGAAGCAGGAAACACAGAAAAAUAACAGUACCACACAGCAAAAGCAGGAGGCACAGAGAAACAGCAGUACCACACAGCAAAAGCAGGAGGCACAGAGAAACAGCAGUACCGCACAGCAAAAGCAGGAACUGAAGAGCACAGCCAGCAGGAAGACACAGGAGGCACAGAAAAACAGCAGUACCGCACAGCAAAAGCAGGAACUGAAGAGCACAGCCAGCAGGAAGACACAGGAGGCACAGAAAAACAGCAGUACCGCACAGCAAAAGCAGGAACUGAAGAGCACAGCUAGCAGAAAGACACAGGAGGCACAGAAAAACAGCAGUACCGCACAGCAAAAGCAGGAACUGAAGAGCACAGCCAGCAGGAAGACACAGGAGCCACAGAAAAACAGCAGUACCGCACAGCAAAAGCAGGAACUGAAGAGCACAGCCAGCAGGAAGACACAGGAGCCACAGAAAAACAGCGGUAACACACAGCGGAAGCAGGAGGUGGAGAGCACAGCCAGCAGCAAGGAACAGGAGGCAGACCAGCAGGAGGAGAGGCCGAGCAGAGGCAGGAGUCUGACCAAGCAGGCGUCCCGGGGCAGCAGCAGCAGGAGUGAGUCCCAGCAGGAGGAGGAGCAGCUGGAGCAGUUGGAGCCUGUCAUGUCAAGGAGGAUGCGGAGGAUGUUGAAGAGGAAGAGGAGCAAGAGGCAGACCAAGGAGACAGCAGGUCAGGACAGCAGUAGGACAGCAGUGCCAGUGUCUGCUGAGAGUGCCACGCCAUCAGAGGCAGAGACCCACGGCAGGAGGAGCAGGAAGAAGGGCGGAAAGAGAAAAGGUGCCACGCCAGCAUUGCAAACCCAUCACGGCACUCAGAAAGCAGAGAAGAGCCAGCCAGCAGGAGAGAAGAGCAGGGCGCCUACUGAGAACCAACAGGAGGCCAAAGGAACAGCAGGGAAGAGCAGGGCGCCUACUGACAAACAGCAGGAGGGUGAAAGUAAAAAAGCAGCAAGAAAGAGCAGUGCGCUUGCCGACGGCCAGCAGGAUGGUAAGGGAGGACACAAGGCCACAGCACCAGCAGGCGAGGAGCACAAGGCCAGACCCGCACCCCCAGCAGGCCAGCAGGGUGCCAGGAGUGCCAGUGAGGGAAAGAGCAGCGGGUUGACUGCCAGUAAGGAGCCCGUGGUGAAAGAGACAGUGACCGUGGGAAUGACAGUGCCAGCUGAGGACACUGACAAGACAGUGCCAGCUGAGGACAGUGACAGCACGGUGAGCAGGAAGCAGACGGAGCCAGCUGAAAUCUGCGAAGGAACUGAAGUCACUGAUGGCACGGUGAGCAGCAAAGAGGCAGUGCCACCUCAAGGUGCUGAAGAAACAGUGCCAGCUGAGGACACUGAAGAGACAGUGCCAGCUGAGGACACUGAAGAGACAGUGCCAGCUGUGGACACUGAAGAGACAGUGCCAGCUGUGGACACUGAAGAGACAGUGCCAGCUGUGGACACUGAAGAAACAGUGCCAGCUGUGGACACUGAAGAGACAGUGCCAGCUGUGGACACUGAAGAGACAGUGCCAGCUGUGGACACUGAAGAGACAGUGCCAGCUGUGGACACUGAAGAAACAGUGCCAGCUGAGGACACUGAAGAAACAGUGCCAGCUGAGGACAGUGAAGAGACUGUGCCAGCUGAGAACACUGAAGAGACAGUGCCAGCUGUGGACAGUGAAAAGACAGUGCCAGCUGUGGACACUGAAGAGACAGUGCCAGCUUUGGACAGUGAAGAGACAGUGCCAGCUGUGGACAGUGAAAAGACAGUGCCAGCUGUGGACACUGAAGAGACAGUGCCAGCUUUGGACAGUGAAGAGACAGUGCCAGCUGUGGACAGUGAAGAGACAGUGCCAGCUGUGGACACUGAAGAGACAGUGCCAGCUGUGGAGAGUGAAGAGACAGUGCCAGCUGUGGACACUGAAGAGACAGUGCCAGCUGAGGACACUGAAGAGACAGUGCCAGCUGUGGACAGUGAAGAGACAGUGCCAGCUGAGGACACUGAAGAGACAGUGCCAGCUGUGGACAGUGAAGAGACAGUGCCAGCUGUGGACAGUGAAGAGACAGUGCCAGCUGUGGACAGUGAAGAGGCAGUGCCAGCUGUGGACACUGAAGAGACAGUGCCAGCUGUGGACAGUGAAGAGACAGUGCCAGCUGUGGACAGUGAAGAGACAGUGCCAGCUGUGACAGUGAAGAGACAGUGCCAGCUGUGGACAGUGAAGAGACAGUGCCAGCUGAGGACACUGAAGAGACAGUGCCAGCUGUGGACACCGAAGAGACAGUGCCAGCUGUGGACAGUGAAGAGACAGUGCCAGCUGUGAACAGUGAAGAGACAGUGCCAGCUGUGGACACUGAAGAGACAGUGCCAGCUGUGAACAGUGAAGAGACAGUGCCAGCUGUGGACACUGAAGAGACAGUGCCAGCUGUGGACAGUGAAGAGACAGUGCCAGCUGUGGACACUGAAGAGACAGUGCCAGCUGUGGACACUGAAGAGACAGUGCCAGCUGUGGACACUGAAGAGACAGUGCCAGCUGAGGACACUGAAGAGACAGUGCCAGCUGUGGACACUGAAGAGACAGUGCCAGCUGUGGACAGUACAGAGACAGUGCUAGCUGAGGACACUGAAGAGACAGUGCCAGCUGUGGACAGUGAGGAGGAAGCGAGCAGUACAGAACAAGUGCCAGUCGAGUCUAAGGCAGUGCCAGAGCCAGCCAGUGCAAUACCGCCAGUGAAGGUGGAGGUGACAAUGACACCAGACGGGGCAGUGAAUGUGCUAGUCACACGGGAUGCAGUGUCACCUCCGAGGACACUGACAACUGUCACCAGUAAGUCGCCACUUCAUGUUGUAAAGACAGUGCCACCUGAGACAGUGCCUGCUGAAGAAACACUACCAACUAAAGAGACAGUCCUUGCUGGGGAGACAGUGCCAGGUGAAGAGACAGUGCCAGGUGAAGAGACAGUGCCAGCUGGAGAGACAGUGCCAGCUGUAGAGACAGUGCCAGCUGGGAAGACAGUGCCAGGUGAAGAGACAGUGCCAGCUGGAGAGACAGUACCAGGUGAAGAGACAGUGCCAGCUGGAGAGACAAUGCCAGGUGAAGAGACAGUGCCAGGUGGAGAGACAGUGCCAGCUGGGAAGAGUGAAGAGACAGUGGCGGUGAAGACAACGCCGAA